UAGAAUAUCGCGAUAAGUUUUCAUGCCUACGGGCAAGAGCGCUUAUAACAGGUACCGGAUAUCCUCGAAUACAUCCGAGCUGCUGAGACAUCUGAAGAUCCGGGAGAUUAUGUCAACUAUGUUGGACAAUUAUAAGGAUAUUUUCCGUAGAUUAAAUAUAACCGACGAAGAGAUUAAUUACUAUGGUCUUGAUAAUUUGACAAAUUAUAGAAGUAACUGUAUCGAAACGAUACAUGUUACGUGCUAUUGCGACGGUGCGAUUCGCGAUCUGGCGACGCAAUACAAGAAUUACCAUGGUUAUGCUUCCCUUAUCGUAUGUUCCUUUGGUACACUCACCAAUAUGCUGAAUAUCGUUGUCCUCACGAGGAAAGAUACAAAGGCGGCACCCAUAAAUCGCAUUCUCACCGGCCUGGCUGUGGCGGACGCGUUGGUGAUGUUGGAGUACAUUCCUUUCGCAAUUUAUAAAUAUUUCGUAUUACCAGAGCAUAGAAUCUUCCCGUAUGGAUGGGCCGUCUUCGUACUGUUCCAUAUGCAUUUCACGCAGCUUUUUCAUACGAUCAGUAUUGCUCUCACGCUCACUUUAGCCGUUUGGAGAUACAUCGCCAUCAGAUUUCCGCGUUACAAUUAUACUUGGUGCACUGACAGACGUUGUACGAUUGCUCUUUCGUGUAGUUUUGUUGCUCCGUUUUUUGCCUGCGCUCCUAGCUAUCUUAUAUUUGGAAUAAAGACAAAGAUCAUUUAUGAAAACGGCACCAAGGAGAUUUUGUAUCACGUGGACGCUGAUUGUUCCAUUGAUAAAGGAUUCUUGUAUCAAUUAAAUUUCUGGAUACUUAGCGUAGUUGUUAAACUCUUGCCGUGCGUCCUUCUCACCAUCAUCAUUUGCUGGCUGAUAAAAGCCCUUUAUAGGGCAAAAGGUAGGAAACAAAUUUUGAAGAACUACAAUCACUGUACCGCAAAGGCGGCUAAGCCAACCUCAUCAGGAAUCUCCGAUCUCGAUUACGAUACAUCGUUCGAUAAAAAGGAUGAAUGUCCGCGACAAGUGAGUAAAUCUGACAAGCGAACGGACAGGACAACGAGAAUGCUUGUAGCGGUAUUGCUGUUGUUCCUGAUAACGGAAAUCCCUCAAGGCAUUUUGAGUUUACUUUCUGCAGCUUUGGGGGAUUGUUUCUUCCGUAAUUGUUAUCACAAGUUUGGAGAAGUGAUGGAUAUCUUUGCGCUAUUAAACGGCAGCAUAAACUUUAUCUUAUAUUGUUCCAUGUCGCGGCAAUUUCGUAUGAUUUUUGGACAAUUAUUUAAACCUAGGAUCAUAAGCAACUGGCCAACGAUGAACCAACACCAAACCGAUGUACAAAGCACAUAUGUUUAAUGAAAGAGAUUUUAUGGAAUGUUCUCUCUGUUUUUCAAACAUAGAAUUUAAAAGAGCAUGUAAUCUAUUUAUAAUGAAAUAUCUAAA